UCUCGUUCAGUCACUGUGUCAAUUUCUCGCCAUUGUCCCCGGAUGGGAGGGAUCCACACUGGUUUCAUAUCUUCUUCACCACACAACUCCUAGAGACCAUGUCAUGGAGUAUCACAGAUAAUAAAACAAACUCUUUGUUUGUUAAUCCAAAGAUGAGAUUAGCUGUGAUUGUUGGACUUUUACUUUUAGUUUUAGUGUCUUGUGCAGAAACUAUUGAUCAUGGUGACUUUAUUCUUAAAUCUAACAGAUUUCCAGACGAUGACCGUUUUGCGCCACCUAUAGGAAAUGGAUUUGUAGCCACAAAUGUCUUCAGUGACGCAAUUUACGUUGAUGGUGUCUUUAAUGGCUACCGCGAAGACAGCCACCGAGCGAGGAUUCCUUCUACCGCGUCUAUCCGCGUCAUGAGUGACGCCAUUUCCGAAAAAUAUAGUCUGGAUAUGUGGAAUGGUGUUUUUAUACAUCAUGCCAACCUGUCGGAUUGUGAGGUAGAAGCUAAAUACUUCGCUCACAGAUUGUUCUCCAGUCUUCUAAUCGUCAUUAUAAAACUAACCAAAAGCCAACCAUCUCAAGCAUGCCUUGAUGUUCGUCUACAUCUGAAUAAAGGGAAAACAUCCACAGACUUCAAUCUAGAAAGAAGGACAGUAGACAACAACACUGGAUACCAGUUUGGACCAAUAAUGCAACCUGAAACAAACAACAGUGUACAGACAACCAUCCAUCAUUACUGGACGCGUGUACCCGAUUCAUUAUCUCUGACGUCAUUACAGACGUCUAAAACGUUUAAAUUCGUCACCUCCAUUCAUACGAACAAGACGGAGGCAUCUCACCGGUACACCACCGCUCUGGCAAUGAGUUCAGAUCAGCUGUAUUGGCUGCAUUCUAAGGAAUGGCAAGGAUUGUGGGGGAAAGGUAAAAUUAGGAUUGUUGGAAAUGAGGAUCUUCAGAUGACAAUAAACACUUGCUUCUAUCAUAUUUUGUCAUCACUUCCUGCCAAGAAAUCGGUCAGUUUCUAUGGACUCAGUCCAGGUGGACUCUCGAGAGGAGGUAAACUUCUUGCUGACGUCAGCGGAGGACCUCAUAACGACUACGCAGGUCACGUGUUUUGGGACAUGGACACGUGGAUUAUGCCGCCAAUCAUGAUGUUCUUUCCAGACAUGGCGAGAACAAUGAUUGGCUCAAGACUCCGUGUUCAUCCAGCCGUUAAAGAAAGAGCUAGACAGAAUGGAUUUCAAGGAGCCCAGUUUCCGUGGGAACAAGCUUUUACAGGUCACGAGACUUGUCCAUGGAAACCAGCAUCAGAUUACCAAAUCCACGUAACUGCUGACGUUUCACUUUCUUUACGUCAUUAUUUGGCUGUUUCUACCAAAAGGCGAGCAGUGGAGUUGCUGAAUAGUGGAGGGAAAGACCUCACUCUGGAUAUCGCCCGUUUCUGGAAAAGUAGGGCAACUAAAUCAGCGAAAGAUGACUAUGUAAUUACAGGUGUUAUGGGACCAGACGAAUAUCAUUUCAACAUCAAUAACUCCGUUUUUACAAACUACAAUGCAAAACUCAGCCUGGAACUACCGAAUCUUCUUCACAAAAGACAACUGAUCCCGUUAAACCAGACUGAAAUAAAUGAAUUAAUGGAGGUCAGCCAGAAGAUUAGGAUUCUGUACGACCGACAAAGAGACUUUCAUCCUCAGUAUGACUCGUUCUCACUCGCAGAGAAAAUCAAGCAGUCAGAUGUUGUUUUACUCGGAUUCCCUCUCCAAAUGCCCAUGUCCAGGUCGACAAGAAAAAACGACUUAGAAAUUUAUGAAAAUGUUACAGAUAAAUAUGGGCCAGAUACAGGCACAUGGAGCAUGCACACUGUAGGUUGGUUGGAGCUAGGACAACCCCAGAGGGCUUACGAAAACUUCAAAAUGAUGUUCCGAAAUAUAAACGGUCCUUUUAAGGUUUUCAGCGAAAAGCCAGCUAACUCCAGUGAUGGUCCUCGAUGUGUGAAUUUCAUCACAGCAGCAGGAGGUCUUCUUCAGGCCGUGAUAUUUGGUUAUGGUGGACUGCGCUUGAAGGACGACUAUCUAGAGGUUUCCUUCACCGAUAUUCCAGGAGCAUCGGAAUGGGCCAUGUACGAUUUGAAGUACAGAGGGUUCACGUUCGACUUGCAUCUGAAUGAAAAUUCGUUGUCCAUAGAAGUUACGGACUCAGAGGACGAGGGGAUGUCAUUGGUCCAUUUGAACCAGACAAUCGGCUGUCUCCGUAACUCUCCGACGAGCAAAGAUGCUGAUCGAAGACUUGCGGAAACAGCCGAAGGUCUGAUUGAAUGUGGUGUUGCCAUUGGUGAUGACGUCACUCUUGGAAACUGCAAGGAGCCGUUGCGUUGUAGUUACUGUCGUUAG